AUGACUCGCCAACUUCCCGCUGACUGUUUAAAUGAAAUAUUUGAGAUAUUGAACGACAAUGUCGCUUUACAUUCGUGCUUGCUUGUUAAUCGUCUUUGGUGUGAAGUUUCUGUUAGAAUCCUAUGGAGAAGAAUUUGGAAUUAUAGUACCUUAAUUGAUUGUCUUCCCAAAGAGUCAAAAGAAACCUUAUAUAAUAAUGAAAUUAUUAUAAAUCCAUCCUUGAAACCUCCACUAUUUAAUUAUGUUUCAUUUCUUAGAUAUCUUUCAAUUGAUAAAUUUGUUAGAAUCUUUAUAAAUCAUCACCCUCUCGCUUCACAAUACCUUAUUGAUAACAAGUUAGUAGUAAUAAUCCAGGAAAUAUUUAAAAUGUUUAUUAGCCGAAUUUCUUCUGUAAAAAAACUAAUGAUUAGAUCAAUAGACAUUCCAAACUUUACAUUUUACUCUUAUCCUGGAGCAAUCGAUUGUUUAACAAAUCUUUCAGAGUUUGACUGUGGUUCAGAUAUCCGUUCCGAAUUUUUUUAUCAAUUAUCUCGAAUAUGUCAUAACGUGCAAUCACUAAGCAUAACACUUAAAUCAGACAUUUCGGAUGGAUUAGCUGAUUUGAUUUCCGUUCAGCAAAAUUUAAAGAUUAUUAUAAUCCAUCAAUCAUAUACUUGUAACAGUGACUAUUUGAAAUGGUUAAUUCCCUUUGUAGCAAAGCAUUCAAAUACUUUAACCAAAGUAGAUAUCAAUGGGGUUAUUGAAGCAUCAUUACUAUUUCUCGUUAAUUGCGAAAACUUGCAAGUACUUUUAUUAAAUAGUUUUAAAGAUUCUUUCAAAGAUUUUAAAAGGUUACAACAUGUUGUCUUUCCACAAUUACGAGAGUUGCAAUUAAAUAAUCAACAUAUAAAACCAGCCUAUGUCAUUAAAUUCUUAGAAAAUAAUGGAAAUUACUUGGAGAAAUAUUAUGGGCUUUAUAAUUAUAAUAAUUCAAUUAAUGUAGCAAUAGGUAAAUUUUGUUCAAAUCUGAAAUUUUUCUGCGUUACUCUUAAAAGGAAUGAAAUGGAAGGGUUUAAAGUAAUUUUAAAUAAUUGUCAUCGAUUGGAAGGUAUUGAAGUUUGGUGUGGGAGUGACUAUUUAAAUGAAAUUGAAUUGUUGGAGGUUGUUGUAAAGUAUUCACCUAAAACUUUCUAUAACUUAUCGUUAUUCUAUACAUCUAAAUCACUUUCAAAUUUAUUGUCAAAAGGAUUGGAAUCCUUUUUUACAAGUUGGAAGGAUCGUACACCACAAAAAUCACUUAAUUUUUCUUUCAAGAACAUGUAUGCCGCGAAUAAUUUAGACUUUAAAAAUGAAAAUAUGAAUAUGUUUGAAAAAAUUUGUAAAGUUAGGUGUUAUUAA